AUGGAACAAAUACCUCUCAACUCUGAAGCUUCUGUGGGUGAUACCCACAAGCAGACAACAUCGACACUACCUCCGGAUGUCGUUCAAUGUCUUGACAAUGCUCGCUUUCUUCACUUGGCAACAUGCACAGAGAACAUUCCUCAUGUUUCCCUUAUGAACUAUACAUACCUCCCAUCUUCACCUUACUCCAAUUACCCAGUCAUCAUCAUGACAACAAACCCGGCUUCUAAAAAGACAUCCAACCUGGUGACUAACCCCAACGUAUCGUUGCUUGUCCACGACUGGGUCUCCCACCGACCGCCGACUCACGGCCGCCGACCGUCAGGCGGUUCUCCUGGUCCCGAGCACCGCUCAAGUCUUGCCUCACUCCUUCUAAAUAUCAACACUGCAGCACUCUCUAGUAUCAGCGCGACCAUAGGAGGUGCCGCUCGCUUGGUGCCUAGUGGGACUGAAGAGGAGAAGUAUUAUCGCGAGCAGCAUCUCGAGAACAACACCUUUGACGAGUCCACGACCGAGUCGUUUCAACGCGAGAACGGACUUGUUGAGGAUGGAGGCCGCGGCUGCUUCGUAGCUGGCGAAGAGGUCAGAGUCGUAUCGGUUGAUAUUAAGGACGUGCGCAUCAGUGACUGGAAGGGCACUGUAAGAGACUGGGAGAUUGUGCCUGAGGAAAACAUGGUUAACGGAACCUAA